GGCUGGGUGCUCCCCAGGGUCAUCAAACCUCUGCUCCACCUCCCUUACACUGAGCAGCGUCUACCUUCUGCGUGUGGGCUCAGAGGGAGGAGCUAUGGCCACUUAAGCCAGCACGACCCCAGAGAACCACAGCCCUCCGAUCCAAACCUCUAGGAUGGCCAUCGGGAAGUUUGCCUUGUAUUAGAUUUUGCCGGCCCCUUCGGAGAGGUUCUCCCGGACUUCUAGGCCGCCCCUUUCACGGGUUGGGGUGAGUGUUUCUGAGCCUACGGAGGGAACGCUGCAUGACCCCAAGUCUGUCCCGCCCUUCAGGCUCUGCUACCCUCCGCGGACUCGCCAGCGAGCAGGUGGUUCCUCCGGCCCCGGGAAGAGCUCCCCCUACAGCAGCCCAGACGCCGGGAGGGGCGGGCCGGAUGGGGCCAGGCUUUGACCCCGCCUUCUGGCGCGGGCUCCGCGGCUGCCUCUGUUGCGCGGUUCGGGGGAUGACAGCGUCUCCGCCCCGAUUCGCCGCCUGGCGCGCCCGCGUCCCCGGCCCGCUGGCUCGGUCCGCGCCUCUGCUGCUGCUGCUGCUCUGGACCGCUGCCGCCAGCCAAGGCCACCCGAGGAACGGACCCCGCAUCUCCGCUGUCUGGAAAGGGCCAUUCCUCAGGGACCUCACCAAUGUCCUCCAGCGUCCAGUCUGGGACGCUCAUCACCAACGAUCUCUUCAGCCAAGCCCUACAGCACGCCCUGCAGGCCUCCGGGCAGCCCAGCCUUCAGAAGUUGUGGAGGCCAUGCACUUAGAUGGUGGAGACAGAAGAUGGAAACAGCUUACAUCCCUGAGUCACACCUUGGAGAAUAGCUGCCUGCAGAGUUGCCCGUCUCACACUGGACAUGUGCACAUCCCAGAAAUGUAAGCCUUUGCUGGGGUGAUUGACAGUGAUAAGGACAGUGCGACGUCUAUAUUAGAGACAAUACUUUACAUAGCUCAAGAAUGAUUGCCCCAGUAAAUUAUGUUUCUGUAUCAUUAAACCACCAAGUUAGAAUAUCCUACAGAGGGAAUAAAGAGUCCAGUAGCUUCUUAGCUAUUUGAAUGCUGUGGCUUUUUGACAGAAGGAUGCUUCAACUUAUCCAGAAAAAACACACACUAUUACCAAUAAAAUAUUCAUGACUCUUAAAGGGAGGUAAUUGUGUGAGGUCUCUUCAGAGAUAUUUCAAGGAUCCUUAGGACAUACUUCCAAUCUAUAUCCCAUUUUUAUAAGUUUUCCCAAGUAAUAUUGUUCACAGCUGAGGCAUGCACUGGCCAUACCUUCUGCUGACUCAGAAGUUUCCCCACCAGUGUUUAGCAAAUACCAUGACCAGUUUUGUUCCCUCUGUGACAGCGUCUGGUGCUAUUGGAGACUGUCCUCAUGGGUCUUGCAACCAGUCUUGCCAAUAUGUGGUGGAAUUCUUGAACCUCUCUAUAGGCUCAUCCAUCCUUUUUCUGAAGAAGUCCCUGUUUAAAGGCUUCAGACAGAGCAGCUUGUUAGCAUUUUCUCUAAUUUUUUUAGUAUGAGCCUCUAUGUAAUGACAGCAAUUUCUAAGACAUCAAGAAACUAAUUUAUUUGGUAUCCAUUGUUUAAUAGGAAUACUUGAAGAGGUUAAAAAUAUUUUUUCCAUGGUAUUGUAAAGUCAUGGACCAUGAGUCACAGUGUUGGAGGGUAUUGUUAUUCCUUGCUGUGUUUAACAAGAUGUUGUAAGAGAUAGUAAGCUCAGGCAUACACAUCCUGGUUUGCAAGCAGAACUGAAAAAAGAAUAAAGGGAGUCCAGAAUGGAGCCUUGAAGGACUGGAGAAGCUGUUGAACCCCAACAGCAGGAAAAGAGACUGAAGAGGCUUUGAGAAGCUAUGAUACACUAAGGUAUUGCAGUUAAACAGAGGACUUCAGCACUAUUGCAAAGAACAGUUUAAAGACUUUCUUCCCCCUUAAGCCUGUUGUUUCAUAUGACCUCCCUGCAGUAGCCAUACGUCAGAAGACAGAGACGUGAAGUAAAGAAAUGAAGAAGUAAAUGAAAGUUGAUAUUUAUAUCUUGAAAAUCCAAGUCUUUUGGGUAUGGUUUCUGGCACAAGAAACUGCUUAGACGUGAAGAGAUCUGAAAUUUCUGAGUGAACUGUUGUUGCCAAAAAGCCCACAAGCCUCGUCUGAAUAACUGAGUAAAGCCACAGUACAAUACUUGGACCUCCAAACUUGCACCAUCAGGAAGCAGGCUGUCAAGCUGUGUGGUCCCCAAGAAGGAUGUGCUCCCCACUUCAUGUAUAGCCAGUGAGAACCAUGGCUGAGAGAGGACAUGGCAGAGGGCAGAACCGGGGUAGAAGGAGAACAAUGAUGAAAGAAUUUUUCCUAAAGAGCAAAACUGGGUCUAAGCUCGGAACUUCCCUUACUGCCAGGAAAGGGAGUCUUAGUAAUGCACGUUUCGCAGGAUUUCAGAAAUUGCUUUGGACGCGACCAUUUCAUGAUUCCCAUUCUUCCUUUUCCAAAUAGGAGUAUUUACUGCAGUUUUCCUGCCCCUGUUCUAUCCCUAUAUAUUGAGUGGGUGGGCUUACUGGGGGUAGUGACGAAGCAGCAACUACUGGCCUUUAAAGUUCAUAGUCGCUGGACCAUGAGGAAAUCCACUGCAAUCCAGAUUUUGGUAUGAGCGCCAUAACUGGUCGGGACUUUUUGUUCAUCUCCCUUGGGGGAAUGGGGAAUAUGUUGGUGACCAUAGAGACUGCCUGAAACAGAGAUCUCUUGCUGUAUACCAAAAGCCAUUAUUCUCUUCAGGCACACAAUGAGACUCUUUCCCCUAUUCCCUUUCAAUUUGAGGGUGACCAUUUGACAAAAUUUUCUCCAAUGUAAUGUGAAUGCAAACAAUGGAAUGUGUACCACUUUGGACCUAGGGGGUAGUAGACCACAAGGUGGAAGGAGCUUGGGGCCCUGGAUUACAGCAGUGAAGGAGAGCCACCUCUUUGACCUGAAUAUCUGUCCAGGACUAUUAGGUGAGCAAGAAGUAAGCUAUGUUGCUGAGUCAUGUUUUACAUCUAUUUGUUGCAGUCGUGUAGCCUACAUUAACUGAUACACACCCCAUGAAUCAUGCUUGUUCAACGUAAUGAUUAUACGUGUACAUCCUUUUUAAACAUAAUUAUAAUGUUACCAUUAUGGUAACAUACUAACUGCCCUGUAAUGAACCCUGCUUUUUUCAUGUAAUGUCUUGGAAAGUGUUCCAAACCAGAACAUUAAAAACGUCCCCAUUUUCCUUUUCUAUCUUUUUUGCUUUUUGAUAGUUUAAGUACCACAUGAUGUUCAACUAGCGACAUUUUGGUUGGUUGGACUACCAGAUAUCCAGCCACCCUACUGACAGACAUUAGGCUAUUUCUAAUCUUUUGCUAGUGACCUUUGUUCCAGUUCUUUCAGCUGGUCUCUGCAAAUGCAAAGUCAGCUUCAUGUCAAGCAUGGUCUAGUUUUACUCUCUGAAUAAGCUUCACGUAGCUUCUUCUAGCCAAAUUACAAAGCUAGUAUGCGACCACACUGACUCUGUCUGACCCACUAUUAACAAAAUGUGUACUGAAAAAUAAACUCAAAUGGUUACAGGCCAAGUAUUUACAUUAAUGGGAGGCAUAUAGCAUUGUGGUUACCAGCAUGAAUUAUAGUCAGACAACUCUGGGUUCAGAUCCUAUUACAUACAACUUAACCUUGGGCAAAUUACUUAAAUACUAUAAGCAUUAGUUUUCUCACCUAUAAAAUGGAGGUUAUUGUGAGGAUUAAAUGAUAAUGUAAGUGAAGUGCUUAGCAUAUGAUAACUGUCAGUCAAUAAGUACUGUAGAUUUUUCUUUAAUACAUAAUUUUCUAGUUACCAAAGAAAGCAGAAAUUAAACUUGAGCCUAAGGUUAGGACCUGUAUCAUAAAUAUCUUAUUAUUAAGGUAGGAAAUUGUUUUUCAGAAGGUUAAAUCAUUUUUUUCUUUAUCAAAAUAAUUUAUUUUAUACUUUUCUGUAACUUGCUACUGUCUCUUUCAGUUCUACCACUGACAUCUUCCCACGUCAGUAGAAAUAUAUUGACUUCAUUUUUUUA